CCGUUAUAUCGACUCAAUUUCCGUUAAUCGUUUCCUUCAAAGAAGACUGCUUUGAGCUGAGAAGCAAACAAUGGCUCCUCUAAUUACCUCCCAAGCCGUCCGAAACCCUCUCCUCCUCACACCGCCAAACCUCAAACCCACCUUCUAUUCCCCUCGCUGCCACCUUUUGUCUUUUCGUAACCACUCGAAACCCCUAUCUCCCCGCCUCACCGCCAAGCGUAACCUAGCCACCCUUGUUCUCGCUUCGGCUUCCCCUGCUCCUCCCGCUCUUCAUCCACGAACCCCUCAAAUCCCGACUCAGUCACAGUCUCCGCUUACCCAAACUGUCACCACCAUUGCAGCCAUAGUCUUAUCCUUCUCCACCCUUUUCAGCAAGCUCGUCGAAAACCUUGCACCCCAAAUCACCCAACAAGUCGUUCUGCAGAGAAACUUGGUUAGUACGGCUGGGCCGCUAUUCUUCGCCGCGUUAAAAGGUCGGCCCUCUGGGUACCUGAACACGCCGCUGACGGUGGUGGCCGCGGGGUUGGGCAAGUGGCUCGACAUCUACAGUGGGGUUUUGAUGGUUAGGGUUUUGCUCAGUUGGUUCCCCAACAUUCCCUGGGACCGCCAGCCCUUGUCCGCGAUUCGGGACCUCUGCGAUCCCUAUUUGAACCUCUUCCGGAAUAUAAUCCCACCGAUCUUCGACACGUUGGAUGUUAGCCCGCUCUUUGCUUUCGCGGUGUUGGGCGCUCUUGGUUCUAUUCUUAAUAGCAGCAGGGGCGUGUAUUGAGGAAGAGAGGAUUGCUGGGUUUCCUCUGUUCUUCACGGUUAUAUCCUUUCCUAUGUUGGCAGGCUUCAGCUGGUAAAGACUAUUCUAUUUUCUAUCCAGGUUUACUGGUCUUAUCUCUUCUUCUAGUGUUCCUUUUCUUUAUGUAAUAUAACCAAAUAUGUAUAUAAGUUCACAGUUUUAGAUAUUGAAGUUUGAUAUGUAUAUUACGUUUUCUAAUCCUAAUUGUUAUAUUGGCCUUAGCUUAGGAUUCUGUCAUAAUGGAAAUAAUACAAUUUUGUGGGAAGUUAGAAUUCUGUAUAGCAAUUAGUAUUAAUUUCUCAA